GGUCUGAGUAAGCAUUGUAUGCAAAAUUGAAAAUUUUGAAAUAUUUCUUGGUGGCUUGCUCAAUAAGAAAAUCCUAUUGGCCACACGUUUUCAAUAUUUAAAUGGAGCAAAAUCGAUAGUUUAUAGACAAUUUAUCUGAGAGUUCGCGGCGGAAUCCAGCGCUGUUUUUGCAUUAUAUUUCUGUGUUUUCCAGUCGUGAUUUUCAGUUGCGAAUUCAUGCUAUCCACAUGGACUUGAACGAUCUUAACAAAGUAUGGGAAAUCAAACCUCUAAAGAAGGUUCGUGAAGAUGAAGCAAGGGAAAUUCUUGAAAGAGUAGCAAAGCAAGUGCAACCUAUCAUGCGGAAGAGAAAAUGGAAAGUGAAGGUCCUCUCUGAAUUUUGCCCGCCUAAUCCAUCUCUUUUAGGGCUAAAUAUAGGAGGAGGAGCCGAGGUCAAGUUGAGACUACGUAGGCCAAACAAUGAGUGGGAUUUUUUCCCUUAUGAUCACAUUCUUGACACAAUGCUGCACGAGCUCUGUCACAAUGAACAUGGCCCUCACAAUGCAGAUUUCUACAAUCUUUUGGAUGAAUUAAGAAAGGAAUGUGAAGAACUCAUGGCCAAAGGCAUUACUGGAACUGGGCAAGGAUUUGAUCUCCCGGGAAAAAGACUGGGUGGAUAUUCUCGUCAACCUCCUCUAUCUUCCCUACGCCAGCAAGCUCUGGUGGCUGCUGAAAAGAGGUCUCGACGUGAAACUCUGUUACCCCACGGUCCUAUACGCCUUGGUGGUGAUAGUAGCAUUAAAGCCGUGCUAAGUCCAGUUCAAGCAGCUGCAAUGGCUGCAGAAAGGAGACUACAUGACGAUUUAUGGUGUGGAUCCAAAUCAUCAGAGCACGAGGGGACUUCUGAUGAUGCAAGAACUACCGGAACAUCGGUCGUUGAUCCAAUAUCAAUCCAGGACCAGAAAGACGACCCGUCGUGGCAGUGUGACAUGUGCACCUUGUUAAAUCAGCAACGAGCUCUUAUAUGCGAAGCCUGCGGAACACCAAAGAGCAAAGGCAAUGGAGAUAAAAAGCUUAAAGUGUGGUCUUGCAAAUUUUGCACUCUACACAACAGCACUGAGAUCGAAAGAUGCAUGGCUUGCGGAGAGUGGAGAUACUCGUAUGGUCCUCCUACGUCGACUCUGGGACCAUAUCAAGGUACCUGAAGCCAGGAAUCAUUAUAAAUCAGUGAGAUAUAAACAAUCUUGAUAUAAUGAUAUGCAAGUUGUUUGCAUACAAACUUAGCUGAAUAUUAUGCAAAUCGUGUUAAUUCCCACCCGUAUAAAAUAUAUAUACAUGAAAAGAGCCUAGUAGUAGUACAUCAUGUAUUCUGUCAA